CUCGAAGUGAAAAUUUCACCUAUGUACUCUGAAUCGACGAUUUUUUCCCCAUUUUUAUUACGGAAAUAUCGAUCAAACGAAUUUAUUCCUUAACACAUUGGUCGACUGAUAGCAAUUUAGAUGCUUUUGUGAUACCAGUGUGAUUUAGAAGUGUGUUUCGUGUUCAAUGAGGUGAUGUUAUUUGUAUAAAAAUGUGUUUUAUAAAAUGGCGAAUCGAAUUUUUUUUGUGGCGCGUUACGCGAGCAUGUUUUUUUUUUCGACGAUUUUGUAAUGGUUAUUUAAUGUGAUAAUUUUUUUUCUUUUCUUUUCUUUUCCUCUGUGCGGGUUAUGGUAUCUUUAUGUGUACUUUCUAUUUGGAAUGAUCGGAUCAAGGCAAAGAUGGAUUUUCUUAUCCCAUGCUUACAGAGAGUUUCAUUUCGCAGAACACAACGCGAUGAGUGUGAGUGAUUCCGAUGACUCGGGUAGUAUGAACUCGAUGUUGCACGUCAGAGCUUCCGAAUUAUACCCGAAGAAAGAACUCAUAGAGACACUGGAAUCAGCUUCUAUUCAAGCACCUUUUACGCCACUGUGCGGCGAAUCUAUCGAAUACAUCGCGCGAAUCGCCGAUGGUGUUUUAGCUUUAUCCAAUUACCGAGUAUAUUAUCAAAAAACCGGCAAAGAUGGCAAAGGAGAUUUCAAUAUACCUUUGGGAUUAAUCGAAGGAAUCGAAAUUAAGGAAUUGUUUUAUCUGUAUAUCUCCUGUAAAGAUUGCAGAACUUAUAGAUGCAGCUUUCCGUCGAACGACGUAUGCGUCGAUUGGCAUCGUAAAAUCGAACGAUCUAUCAAGCCUCCGAAAAAUAUAGAUGAAUUGUUCGCAUUCGUGUAUUACGCUUGGGCUUGCGAAGAAGGGGGCGAAGAAAUUUCAUCGUAUUUAGUCGGCAAUGGCGAAACUAAUCACGUUAAGGAUAAUUUAAGAUUUGAGUAUGAACGACUGAAAUUCGAAAAUGAUUCGAAUUGUUGGAGAAUAACGAAUGUGAAUUCUGAUUAUAAAUUAUGUCCCAGUUACCCAAGAUAUUUGAUCGUACCUGCUUCGGUUUCCGAUCAAACUUUAGAGAUAGCUGCGAAAUUCCGCAGUAGUCGACGUGUGCCUGCUGUGGUGUGGCGGCAUAAAGAAAAUGGUAUGAUCAUCGCCAGAUGUAGUCAACCGGAAGUCGGAUGGCUUGGUUGGCGGUCUCAGGAAGACGAAGACCUGCUAAAGGGCUUAACAGAAGCUUGUUUUUCACGUAAUUCUAAUUCGUCCAGUUCGAAACGCCAUUCUAAAGGGAAACUAUUGGUUAUGGAUGCCCGUUCUUAUACCUCGGCAGUGGCGAAUAGAGCUAGAGGCGGUGGCUGUGAAUGUCCAGAAUAUUAUCAGACGAUGGAAAUACUAUUUAUGAAUUUGGCUAAUAUUCAUUCGAUCCGUAAAAGUUUCCAUAGUCUAAGAAGUUUAUGUGCUUCACCUCCUGAUAUGCCCAAUUGGCACAGUCAGUUGGAAAAUUCGAAAUGGUUGUCGCAUAUGUCGUUAUUGAUAAGCUCCGCAGUACGUGUGGCAACUGCUUUAGAAAAAGACGCUCAGCCUGUGUUAGUUCAUUGUUCGGAUGGCUGGGAUCGAACGACGCAAAUUGUUUCGUUGGCCGAGCUUUUACUAGAUCCGUAUUACAGAACGAUUGAGGGCUUUCAAGUACUUUGCGAAAGGGAAUGGUUGGAGUUUGGUCAUAAAUUUGCCGAUCGUUGCGGUAUCGGUGAAGAUGUCAAUGAAAAGUGUCCCGUUUUUGUCCAGUGGCUCGAUUGCGUGCAUAAUAUUUUACAACAAUAUCCGACGGCUUUUGAAUUCUCUAAGCGUUAUUUGAUUAAAUUAGCUGAGCAUACAUACUCGAAUUUAUUCGGUACGUUUUUCUGUAAUACCAACGCCGAAAGACAAAACCUCGGAAUAGCUCAAAGAACGUUUUCCGUUUGGCGUUAUUUGAAUUGUACACAUUUUAAGAAUUAUUUAUAUAAUCCUAAUCAUGAAAAGGUAUUAUGGCCGAAAUAUAAUGUUCGAGAUCUGAUGGUGUGGAAAGAUUUAUACACGGAUUUAGCUUACGAUAAUCAGUUCCCUAGUGAAUCUAGUUCUCAUUUAACUGAAAAUGGAACAACGAACGGCGAUCCUAUAGUGAACGAAGAAAGUAAAAACUCAUCUCACGAAUUAGAAAAUGGAAGCUUGAAUAAUUUAGGCAAUAAUUUAGGCUCGAUGUUAGAAUCAGCGAUCAAUUGUCAGCCGGAAAUCUGCGGUAGUAAUGGCAUCGCGUCGACGGGUUCGGAGACUAUAUCGGAUUUAGAUUGCGACGGUAACUCAUGCUCGGAUUACAGCGUUAGUAAUAAUCAUGUGGCGGAGAUCGCGUGCAAUGGAUCUGACUCCUCGAAGCAGGAGACGAUCACGACGACGGUUACAACGUUGACGACAGAAAACACCGUCACCAGCGUCUGCAAGUGCAGAAAUAACAACGACGUCGACAAUAGCAAUAUUAGUGAUAACGAAGUGAUAAACGCUUUAAAUGACGAAUUUAAAGCGAAUUUAGAUUUAAAAGAGGAUAGAAUUCUUUGCAAUAAGCAAAACGGCCACAGCGUCCACGUUGACGAUGAUAAUGCCUCAAAUGCGCCUGCCGCGAUUAAUGGAAAUAAAGACUGUGAUAAUUUAAUCGAACCCGUCGACGUCAACGAUUCCCAAGACUGUAAUCGAAUUGUCGACGAAUUAGAAGUUAGACUGAACGGUGGUGAUAUUAGUGUGGAAACUUCCGUCGAAACCAUAGUCGAUAAUAAUUACUCGAUUAAUUCGGCUAUAGAUAAUGAACUCAAGACUGCUAUUAAUGGACUCAAAACCUUCGAUGUGUCGACAUUUCAAACAAGUCGGCCACAGUUAACGUCAUUGUUAUUAGACCCUAUAGAUGGUUUACCUCUUAUUCCAGAUGACAUUCAAGACCGUAUGCAGCAAAUAUCUAUCGAGCAUAAGGCUCAACAGGCCGCUUUACGUAGUGAAUUACAUACUACGCGAUAUGCAUUAAUGAAUAAAUUAUGUCACCAGUGCAUACAUCAAAAUAAUUCUACUCUUCCAGAAAAGCAAAUUGUUUCCGACGAUGAUAAAGGAUCCGUAUGCAGUACGGAUAUUUCGUGGGAAGCCGUCGAUGAAAAAGAACUGGGUCAGGUAUUAUGGGUACCAGACCAUGCGGCAAAUUUCUGCCAGGCGUGUAAUACUCGAUUUUGGCUCGGCCGAAGAAGACAUCAUUGCAGGAGCUGUGGAAAAAUUUUCUGCGCCGAUUGCUCGACAAAUUUUACCAUACUCCCCAGCGAACAGUUGUACGAUCCGGUUCGCGUGUGCGAACAAUGUUACCGAAUGAAGCAACUCUCUCCGGUGUCGUAUUCGAACUCACCGAAACAAACAACUUGUAAGCAAGCCGCCGGCGAAGAGUCGCAAAAUUCGAAUUUAGUUUUACCUCCGGCGCCGUCUAUUUGAAAAACGACGUAUCAACAUUUUCGAUAGCCAAUUUUUUUAACGAUAACAUCGUAAUCAAAAAUUGUGAUCAUUUAUCAUGUCAAUUCGCGUCCACGUCAAAGGUCAGUUUGUUGCGACUGCCAGUUGUUGAAGAUGAAAGAGAAAAUGAACAGCUCUUAGGGUAAAAACCACGUUCGUGUGUAUUGAAUUGAAUGAAUGUUAACUGUUAACAAAUCGGAAUUCCUAGUCUUUUAAGUUAUAUAAUCGAGUUUUAAAUACCAUUUAUAAUAUUUUGUUUGUUUUUAUUUUAAAUGUUGUCUAAUUGAUAAAUUUGUUUGCCGUGUUAGGUGUUAAUUUUUUGGCAUUCGUCGGUUACGUUUUGUUUAUUUGUUUUUUUCUUCUUGUGUUUGUGUGUAUGAGUGAUUUUCUAUGACACGGAGUUCUGAUUGUAAUCAAAAUUUUCUUAAAUGCAAUUUGGUACAUCUACAUAAAUACGUCUAACGUCUCGGUAAAUCUCAUUUUCAAAUAGUCUCCUUUUCUAUCUGUCGCCGGUAAUAGAUUUAAGAUGUUUUUAUGCUAAUUUAUUUUCUAUGCGUGCGUUUUCAAAAGUUUUCUAUAUCUCAGUAUAAAAAAAUUUUAAUAACAAAAAAAAUAUUAUAUGGUUCCUAUGUUUUUGUAAACGUGAUACAUACUGAGUGUGUAGGAAAUUCUAACAUUGUGCCCAAGUUACGAACAGCGUAUUAUUUUUGGAAUUAUGAGUGCAAACCAUUGUGUUGUUUUCUUUUUUUUUUGUUAUAAUUUAUUAUUUUGGCUUUAAUUAAACAUUGUUAUUAUUUUUUCUUUUCUUUUUUGUAAAUGAGUUGUGUUUUUAUUAUAUUAUAGUAGUGAAUAUAUCUAAAUUGGUGUUUUUAACUUUUCUUGUUAUAAAUACAGUAUUAGCAUUUUAAAUGUAUAUUCUUUAAUUUGUACUCUACAAAAUCGAAUAAAAUGUAAUUUCAUUCUG